AUGUUGUGGUCUAGUCUCGCCUUGGUGGCGCUCGCCAAUGCCCAGUUCCUCAACGGGCUAAACCAUCUUCGAUUCGGCUGCUCGCAGCUUACGAUCGAGCGUCUCGACCCUCUCGUGGAGCCAGAUAGGAUGCCAAGCGCGCAUACGCAUCAGAUUAUCGGAGGCAACGCAUUCAAUGUGUCAAUGCCAAAGACGGACAUCGCCGAGCUUGCAACCUGCACGACUUGUGGCCCCGCUGACGACUUCAGCAACUACUGGACUGCGAAUAUGUACUUCCAAGCCCCGAACGGCAGCUACAAGCGCGUGCCGCAAGUGCCAAACCGCUUCCUGUUUAACGACAGGUUCACGACGCAGACCAACGGCGGCGUAACCGUCUAUUACAUCUCCCCGGGCAAGGGCAAAGUCACCGCCUUCAAGCCGGGCUUCCGUAUGUUUGUCGGUGACGUCGCCCGCCGCACGCCGCUGUACAAGUCGCAGAGCUGCUUCCGCUGUUUCAGCGGCCCCAACUUUGGCGGAGACGACGCGGCGCCCUGCACCGACAGCCGGCGCGACUUCGAGGGGUUCCCACCGCAGGCGUGCCCGGGCGGGAUCCGGUCCAACGUGCUCUAUCCGACGUGCUGGGACGGCAAGAACCUCGACUCGCCCAACCACAAGGACCACGUCGCGUACCCGACGGGCGGGCCCUCGACCUUCCUCUCGACGGGCGACUGCCCGGCGUCGCAUCCCGUAAAGAUCCCGCAGCUGAUGCUCGAGAUCGUCUGGGACACCACCGCCUUCAACGACAGGUCCCUGUGGCCGGCCACGGGCCAGCCCUUUGUCCUGAGCACCGGUGACACGACCGGCUACGGCCAGCACGGCGAUUACGUCUUUGGUUGGAAGGGUGACGCGCUUCAGCGGGCUAUGGACGUUCCCAACGGCUGUUUUGCUGCCGACUGCGGUAACCAAAAGUCGCAGAGCAUCGACAGUGCCAAUAAGUGUCAGAUCCCCAAGAAGGUGAAAGAGGACGUGGACGGAUGGUUUGAUACUCUCCCUGGUAUGGCGAUGAACUAAAGGUUGCGGACAUGUGGU